AACACCUCCGGGUAACAGCUUUCCGCUUGCAGGGCGCACAUGAAGUAAAUAAUAAAAAUAGCGGUUUAUUCACUUUUAAACGGCGGUACUUGUUUAAAUACGCGUUUUAAUCUAAAGAUGGUUUAACCGAAUGGAUAUUUAAAGACGCAAGUUUAGGCGAAUUUGCAUAUUAUGGACACAGGAGGCUCAAAGGUAACAUAUUUUACUAGUUUACGUUAAAUAACGGCAACUCCUUGGCAGCUUUUACGGUAGCAGCGGCGCUAACAUUUAAUGAUAUAUUUGUGUACUUUUUACGCCUCAUUGUGAGAGUUAACUAUAUAUUUCUGUGUAAACUAACGCCAGACUGCUCGGUGACAACACACGAAAAUGCGAGCCAGGGAGCUCCCACCACUCCCACAGCGAGGGCAACGGUCUCUUCCCACAGUGCCGAGUCAAGACACAGCUGGAGAAGUACCUCCGGCAAAGCAGAAGAAGAAGAGGGUGAGGAAAGAAACAAAUGGAGUCGAUGAUGUGGACGAUCAGGGGAUGGAAAUGGGAGGCCUGGGCAGCCGGAGGGCAUCUGAAAUCGGACAGCAACUCACCUUUGAAGCGGAUGCACUCCCACAGAGGAGGAAGAAGAAAAAGAAAACUGCCACUAUAGAUCUUGAAGAUGACCAAGCCGACCUGGUGAACGGAGAUGCAGCAGAACAGACCACAGAUGGAGAAGAAGUGGUCAAAAAAUCCAAAAAGAAAAAGAAGUCGAGAGUCGUUGAAGCGCAGCUUCCCGAUGAGUUGGACGUAGAAGAGGAUGAUAUUAUCACAGACACCCCUCCUCCUAUCCCCCAGCAUUCCCUGUUCUCAGCCCCGCAUGGUCAAAGCCAGCCGGUGGGGAAACUCUUUGUAGAGAGGAACAAGCGUUUCCAGGCUGCAGAGCGCUCCGACUGGAGGAAGACCAGCGACCAGAUGGAUAACAUGACGGACUUCCAGCAUAUUCAGCCGAUCUUGACCACCAGAGACAUUUCUAUCAGAGUGCAUGAAGGCUUCAGGGUGUUCGGCCUGUAUUGUCAUGGCUUCCUGGCGGGCUACGCUGUGUGGAACGUGGUGGUGGUGUACAUGUUAGCUGGGCAGCACCUCACUGCUCUGUCCAACCUGCUGGAGCAGUACCACAGCCUGGCCUACCCCUCCCAGUCUCUGCUUUACAUGCUGCUGGCCAUCAGCACGGUGGCUGCCUUCGACAGAGUUAACCUGGCCAAAGGCUCCAUGGCUCUGCGGGAGUUCAUCACACUGGACCCCGUCGCUCUCGCCUCGUUCUUGUAUUUCUCAGCGUUGGUGCUCUCUCUGAGCCAGCAGAUGACCAGCGAUCGAAUCAACCUGUACCCAGCGUUCAACACAACAUUAUGGCCACCAGGAUCAGAGCACCAGAUUCUCCACCCGUGGGUGACUGUAAACCUGGUGGUGGCUCUACUGGUGGGGCUGGCCUGGAUCUUCAUCGCCAGCAGACCUGAGACAGACUAUACUGAGUGUUAUCUGAUGUCAAUGGAGAUUGAGCCUCCCAAACCAGAGGACAAAUCAGAAAUGACCGCCUGAGAAGAAAAUUAGUCUGUAUAUCUGCUCUGACACACACUGUACAGACGUAUUGUCAUUUUGCACAUAUUUUAUGCACUGUAUGUUGACAGUGAACUCUGAAUGUGUAGAUUAUUUUUGUAUUUUUGAAAUGUGAAUGUGGUUGUCUCUUUUUAAAUACAGAGUUUUAUCCACCAAA